UCUCACAACUAUGCCAACCAGGUUCAACGUACUAAAGUUAAAACAAGAGUAUUAUUAAUCAUAUAUAUAAGUAACAAAAUGUUGAGGUUGAGACCAUGAAUAACAAAAUGAAUCCACUAAAGCUCCAUGUGGUUUGUGUUCCUCUCCCAGCACAAGGUCACAUAAACCCAAUGCUAAAACUAGCAAAACUCCUCCAUCAAAGUGGCUUCUACAUAACCUUUGUCCACACAAAAUUCAAUUUUGAUCGUUUGAUGAAAUCCAAUGGCCCAAAUUCUUUAAAGGGUCUUCCAGAUUUUAGAUUUGAAACCAUAUCUGAUGGAUUGCCACCAGAAAACCAACGAGGAAUAAUGGACUUGCCAGAUUUGUGCAUAACUAUGCCUAUUGAUGGGUUGAUUUCGUUCAGAGGUCUUAUAGCAAAGCUUGUUUCUUCAGAAAAUGUGCCUCCUGUUAGUUGCAUAGUUUCUGAUGGUGUAAUGAAUUUUACCUAUAAAGUUGCUGAAGAAUUCAAUAUUCCUGAGUUCAAGUUAUUUACUCCUAGUGGUUGUGGUAUGUUGGGAUAUCUAAACUUUGAUGAGCUUCAGAAAAGAGGAUAUUUUCCACUUAAAGAUGAGAAGAAUAUCAGUGAUGGAUAUCUUGAAACUGAAGUUGAUUGGAUACCAUCAAUGAGUGGUAUUAGACUAAAAGAUUUUCCAACCUUCUUUAGAACUACAAAUUCUUCAAAUACAAUGUUCAAUUACAACAGAGAUUCAGUGAACAAUGCAAUGAAAGCAAAAGGUAUCAUCCUUAACACAUUUCAAGAGUUAGAAUCAGAGGUAUUAGAUGCAAUUAAAAUCAAGUACCCUAACCUUUAUCCUAUUGGUCCAUUACCAUUGCUCUAUAAAAAUAUUUCAUCAAAUUCAAAUAAUCAUUUGGAGUCUAUUGAUUUUAGUUUAUGGAAGGAAGAUGUUAAUUGCAUGAAAUGGUUAGAUAAAAAAGACAAAGGUUCAGUUGUUUAUGUGAAUUUUGGGAGCUUAGUGAUUAUGAAUACAAAGCAAUUAAGAGAAUUUGCAUGGGGAUUAGCUAAUACUAAAUAUUUUUUCUUAUGGGUAAUUAGGCCUAAUCUUGUUGAAUGUGGAGAUGAGGUAUUAUCAAAUGAUGAAUUUGUGAAAGAAAUUGAAAAUAGAGGAUUAAUAUUGGAGUGGGCCCCUCAAGAGAAAGUUCUAGGUCAUUCAUCAAUUGGAGGCUUUUUAACUCAUUGUGGAUGGAAUUCAAUGUUGGAAAGUAUUUGUGAGGGUGUGCCUAUGGUUUGUUGGCCUUUCUUUGCUGAGCAACAAACUAAUUGUUUUUAUGCAUGUAGUAAAUGGGGGGUUGGAAUAGAAAUUGAGAGUGAUGUUAGUAGAGAACAAGUUGAAGGGUUAGUGAAGGAACUUAUGGGGGGUGUGAAAGGGAAAGAAAUGAAGAAGAGGGGUGUUGAUUGGAAGCAUAAAGCUAAGGCUGCUACAACAAUUGGAGGGUCUUCUUAUGAUAAUUAUAAUAGUUUGGUUUUGCAAUUGAAAAUUUUAAGUGGUCAAUAAGUUGAUUGUGUUACAUUAAAUCAAGUAUUUGAUUUUUGUAAAUCAUAAUCGAUGAUGUUGUAGUGUUUGAAAGUUGUAAUUGGUAUCUAAUCAAACUCAAUCACCAAAUUUAAUGA